AUGUCCGACCUCGCCCGCUCCUUUGUGGCAUCCAAGCUGGCCUCGCUCCCUCCCGAACCACCAUUACCAGAAGACAAGGAGGAACGCGAAGAUGACUCGUCGUCCGCCUCCUCGAUGUCCUCAACCGGCACCGUGAUCCCCUCCGGAUCUCUGAAACCCGCCGCCCCGAUCCAAUGGUCCGACUUCUUCGCCCAGGAGCUCUACCUCGAGCUUGAGAAGGACGGCGAGGUCGCCAAGUUCCACGUCUAUCAUACGCCGUCCACCGACCCCAGAGCGCCGCUUGUGGUGCUGCAUCACGGCGCCGGGUCGUCAGCCUUGUCGUUCGCGCUGUUCACGCUCGAGCUCCAGAGGCUGCUCCCGAAAGCCGGGAUUCUUGCGGUCGAGGCAAGGGAGCAUGGCUCGGUGGUGCACGAUGCGAGCGGAGCCGUGCAGAAAGACCUGUCGAUUCAGACGUUGAGCGAUGAUCUGGUCGAGAUGAUUCAGUUGACCCAAGCGCGACUCAAUUGGCCCACGUUGCCGGAGAUAUGGCUGGUCGGGCAUAGUCUGGGAGGGGCGGUGGUCACGCAUACGGCCAAGACCGGGCAGCUGGGCAACAAGCUCAUGGGCUACGCGGUGCUGGAUGUGGUCGAGGGGUCGGCGAUGGAGACGAUCAAGCAUAUGCAAUCCUAUCUCUCCUCCCGGCCGUCGAUCUUCCCGACUAUUUCGAGUGCGGUGGACUGGCAUAUCCGGUCGCGAACCCUGCGGAAUCCGGAAUCGGCACGGGUGUCGGUGCCAUCGCUACUUAUGCAAACAUCCACGGGGAGGUGGACAUGGCGGACGGACCUGACGGGCACGCAGACCUACUGGGAGAACUGGUUUGUCGGGAUGAGCAGAAAGUUCUUGAGCGCUCGAGGGGCGAAAUUACUACUGCUUGCCGGAACCGAUCGGUUGGAUAAGGAGUUGAUGAUUGGGCAGAUGCAAGGCAAAUUCCAACUGCAAGUAUUCCCCGCUGCCGGUCACUUCAUUCAAGAAGAUCUGCCCGAAAAGACCGCAGAGGUCAUCGUCGAAUUCAUCAAACGGAACGACAGGAGUACUCUAGUUUUGCCCCCCAAGGUAUCAGACCUCCUCGCCCAAGGCAAGAAAGUCUGA